UUUUGUGGUUUUUCUGUGUGUUUUGAUCUACUUUGUCACCACAGUAACUUCCUGUGGUCAGAAUUUUUCUCUGUUCAUUUCCCCAGGGUAGAGGAUGCAUUGUCCCCAGCUUUUGUGCAGCUACUUUCAGAGACACCUCUAGGGCCAGUAAGUUUUCAGUUCUUCCAAGGUGGUAUCAUCUAAAAGGUGUGUUUACUACUCUCCUGGCCUGUGCAGUAUAUUCUGUGAGGGACUACAAGCUUCAGUACCUUUUCUCAACCCUCUUGACUCCACCUUCCCCAAAAUGGACAAUUUUCAAACCCCAAGUUGUCCUGCCACAGAACUGUGAUUAAAUUAUAAAAGCUUCCCUUUUCUACUUCUUUUUCCACUUUAUAAAUAUCUUUGCUCUAGUUCCCCUUUGCAAUUUUUAUUUCUUUAAAUUAAUAUUUUAUUUAACACUUAAGAGGGAACAUCAAUAUAACCAAAUAAACUUGCUUAGUCAUUUAAUUUAUUUCAGUAUAACAAGUAUCUGUUUUUAAGUCAUUCCCUCUGUCUUCAUCAAGAUUUUUUUUAUAUCAAGUCAUACAUAGUUUUCCUCUUACAUGGGAAUAUUUAAUAAACACCCAUUUCUUCUGCUUCUGCUUUUCUUUUGUUUUGCACUAUUUCAUAAAGUAGUGGAUAGAAAACUAGAAAGAUCUGGUCUUAUCUCUGAUAGUUAUUUUAACUGUGUCACUUUGGAUAAAUCACUUAAUCGCUCAAUAUUGUAGGCAAACUUCUAAGACUAUAAAUUGCCAAAAAAUGUGCGUCAGGAAUUUUUUCAUCCAGGAAUUUUGUAUAAAAUCACAGAUCUGAUCCCUAUCCCUAUUAUUUCAUGACAGUAACCCUUUUACUUAUUGUUCCUGUACUUUCUCUUCUUUCUAAAUUUUCAUUUUUAGUGAGUCCACAUCCUCCAACUGCAGUGGGUGGAGUUAUAUAAGGAUUAUAUAAGGUUAGGGAACAUGAUUCCCAAGGAAAUGCAUCCAAAAAGAAAGAGGAAUAUGAGUGAUAUCCAGAAGAAGGAGGAAUUAGAAUUCACUCUGGCUUUGACAAAAGAAUUUGCUAUGCAUUAUAUAUUAUUAAAUCGAGAAUAGAGAUUUCUGUUUUAUGAAAUUUGUGCUGGGUAAUAUUUUCCUAUAGGAAAGUAAAUAGGUGUUUUUUGUGUGUGUGUGGUUAGCAGUAACUUCCAACAAGUAAUAAUCCAAGAGGCAACAUGGCUUAGGGACUAAAGCUUUGGACUUGGAGUCAGAAAGAACCAGGCAAAUCAUUUAAGCCUCUGUCCUCAGUUUCCUCAUUUAUAAAAUGAGGAGAUUGGAUCUGAUGAUUUCUAAAGUCCUUUCCAUCUCUAAAUCAUCUUAUGAUCUUAUAAGUCCUCCAUUCCAUGUUUGUCCCUUUAGUAUAGUAUCUGGUACACAGUAAGCACUUACUCACAUUAUCCAUAUCAGAGUUUUCUCUUUUGCCUUCCUUUUUUCAAGGUCCCAAGCCUUUGUUUAAAUUUUAUUUAGAGAUUCAUGGAUUUAGAGCUGGAAGUGAUCUCAAAAGUCACCUAGACCAACCUCCUUUAUUUUAUAGAUAAGAAAAGUCCAAGAGACCGAGUACUUAAUAUUAGCAUCAAGACUUGAACCCUGCUCCUCUGAUUCCAGAUGCAGUAUUCUUUUCACUCUGUGGCCUUGCCUCUUCAAAUAGAGCCAUUUGUACUUAUGAUAAUUUUCAUUGGUUGUUUUCUGGAAGUGUGAUAAAAUUGAAGGGCAUAGGACUUUAAUUUUAGUGAGAGCAUUGAACUAUAUAGCUGUCAUUUCCAACCAUGAUAAUAGCAGCCAUCAUAUAUUUAGCACAUGAAGAUCUUCAUAGUGUUCUACAUAUAUUAUUUCAGUUUAAAAUAAUAAAUUUUUAAAAGAAGUAAAAAGAUCAGACUGCAUAUUCUCACUAUAUAUAUAUGCUAUUUCAUUUGAUCACCCCAAAAACUUUGUGUGGAAGGAGCUAUUAUUAUCCCCAUUUUUUAUAGACAAUAAAAACUGAGGCUGAAUGACCUGUCCAGUAUCACAUAGCCCAUUAAGUUUCUGGAGCAGCAAGACCAAUUUGAAUCCAGCUUUCUUAUCAACUAGGCCACCAACUAUAACAUUCUAUGAUCUGUGUAUAUUUGUGGCACUAUGAAUUUGAUUAAUGUAAAACAGUUGUAAUCAUAAGAUGCAGAUCUAUAAGUUUUUUAAUAAUGGUUUAUGGAUAAAUUUUUAGCAAUUCCCUUCUUUCAAUAGGAAAAUAAAGAAAUGUUGGAUCUUUUUGCAUUGGGGUUUUUUCCAGUUCUAAUAUUCUGUGAUCCUUUGGAAAUGCCUUAUGUGUCUGAGAGUUACCUGUCACUACCUCUGACUCCACCUUUAUGGUCAGAUAACAAAUUUCCUUCUCCAUUCAAGAGCAGUAAAAUGUUCAGUGUACAAGUGUUGCUAUAGCAACUUCUCAGCUGGUUUUUGUCUGCCCAGUGGAAAUUCACAAGUAGUUGGUCUGUGAGCAGAUUCACAGAAUCUCCAUUCACCUGAAUAAAAUGCUAGAUUGACUUUAGGGGGCUUUUCCCCCUUUUUCCUUUCUUUUUUUUCUUCCCCCCUCCCCCACCCAAAACAGGUUAAAAAGAUAAUUUGUCAGUCCAAGGAAGCCUCAUCUUUGUUACUAAGACAAGAAAACUCCAGUCUUUCAAGCACCAGAAGAAUCCAAAGUAAGGUUGGGGGACAAAGAGGGAUGGUGGCCAUGAGAGAUUAGGGAGUGCUCACCUUGGCCCAAUAUGUACCAGCUGCCAUUGUUAAUACAGAGUAAAUAGUCUACUAAUGGAUCUUCCAGGAACACUAUUCAACUGUAACUAAAAAAGUACCCUCUAAGGACGAUUAAUAGCAGGUAAGGUGAGAGUAUGGCAAAUUUGCAGUGAUAUAUCAGAUGAAUGUCAUAUUUUUUGGAGCAGAAUAGUUUCAAUGAAAUAAAAAAGCUUUUAAGGGUACCAUUGUACCUUUAGCAUAUAAUUAGCACCCAAUGUAAAUAAAAAUAAAAUUGCCUACACUCAAAAGUACCAUAAAAAUGAGAAAAGCAAUUUUGUCUCAAUUUGAUGCUUGUAUAUAUCUUUUUAAAUAAAAGGAUUAUAAGGGAAUUUAAAAUGGAAAGGAACUUUAGAGAUUAUCUAGAUAAAAAGGAUAUAAUGGAGCACCUAGAGAUUUCAGUGAAAAUCUUUCCCUCCUACACUCAAAAGAAAUGCUAGUACCCUUUGCCACCACACUUUCUUUUCCCUAACCCAGCCCUCAUUGCCCCAUUAUUAGGUUCCUAUUAGGCACCACACAAACUAAGGCCAAGCACCCAAACAGCCUGUAAUUGACCUUUACUAUCUUUACCAUAACAGUUCUAGGGAUGGUACAAAACUUCCAUAUCUCGCCUCCUCUCAAAAUAAUGAACUAUAUGUGUGUAAAAUAAAUCACUUCUGCCUUUUAAAAUUUCCAUUAUUAAAUGUUUCCAUUAUGAUGUAUGUAUAUUUGUAUAAGUUCAACAUUGCUUUAAUUUUUUUUUAGUUUUAUGUUAAAUAAUUCAGUUAAUAGUUUUAUGUGUGCUUUUAAAAAAAAAAUUAUAGUUAUUUUCCAAUCUACCUUACCUCCUUAUUAAAUCCUCUUCUGUAAAAAAGAUAACUAAGCAAAGCUGAUCUACCAAGUGUCAGUAGGUGAAGUUCUGGGCUUGGAUCCAGGAAGACCUGACAACCUUAGACACUCACUUUGUGAUCCUGGGCAAAUCACUUAAUCUCUAUGUAAAUUUCCUGAAUUGUAAAAUAGCCUCCUUCCUAAGGUUGUUGUGAGGACCAAAUGAGCUAUGUAUAAAGCGCUAAACGUGAUGCAGAGUAAAUGCUUAAUCAUUGCUUGUUCCCUCCCCUUUCCACUACAGAAUCAUUUUACUCAUCCACAGUCCCCUACUUGUCUUCCAAAAAGAAUCUUGAACAACACCGUUGGUCAUCAUAAUAGGAAUAUGACCAAUUUUUGGUGUUAUUUUCCUUUGCCUUUUUAAUAGUCAAGCAUAUUUUUCUUCUCAUUCUGUUUAUUUCGCUCCCAUCUAUUCAUACACAUCUUCCCUUAUUUCUUUGAAACUCAUAUACAAGAAAUUUUAAAGGCAUUUAGUUCAACCGUCUUGUUCUACAAAGUAAGGAAAUGGGCCCAGAUAGGUUAAGGGAUUUCCUGCAGGUCACACAGUUAAGUAGCAAAGCCAGUAUUUGAAAGUAAGUUCUCUGACUCCAAACCCAGUCUUUCCACCAAACCAGUAUACCUCUUACCAGAUAUCAUUUAUCACAAUGAACUAUUCCAUUACAUUUAUAUACCACAAUUUUUCAGUCAUUCCCCAGUCAUUGGGCACCAUCUUAUUUGCAUUUUUUUCCUCCUAGGAAAAGUAUGACUUGGAGUAUUCUAGUAAAUAUGGGGCCUUUUUUCUGCAUUUGAGUUUUUUGGGGGAGAACUAGAUUACUAUAUUAAGCACCAUACAUAAAUACUUUGCCAAAAAAAAGUAUUCUUAUUAAAGAGAAAAGAAAUAAGCAUUUAUCAAGUACUUACUAUGUGCCAGGCACUGUGCUAAAUCUUUUGGAAAUUGCUGUCUCAUUUGAUUAAAUAGGUUAAAUAAGCUUCAUUAAGGAGAUUAAACACAUAAUGAACAGAUAUAUGAAUGCAACUAUCAUAUAAUCUUUCUUGUUCCAUAAAAUUAUACCCAGCUACAUCAUCAUAAUAAGAGUACAGGAUGUGACCAAACACGGAAAUAGCCUUGUUAUAGAAAGCUAGUUAUAAUGAUAUUUAUUAAAUUACUGUUACUCAGAGUAGUAAAGGGUUACUCGUGUUCUUUUUCCUAGUUGCUAGGUGAGGGUCUAUGAAACCACUGUGUCCCUCUAAACUAAAAGUGAAUAAAGAAAGAUCUCAGGCUUCAUGAAAAGAAGGAUUGUAAAGAAAGCCAACUCUUCUGUGAAUUGCUGGAGGUGUGCUCACUUGUGAUCUUCCUCCAACUGACCUGGAUGAAGAAGUUUCAGGAUAGAUUAUCAAGCUUCAAAAGAGUCUACAGAUAAAACAUAGAACAUGGAUGAAAUUUAUAAGAUCGCUUCUUCAAAGAGGAUACAGCAGUUGGAAAAAGAGCUGGAGGUUCAGUUGGCUGAACUUAAGACAGAAAUACAAGAACACGGAGCUCUUAAAAGAUCACUUCAUUGGCCUUACAGCUCCAUCCGGUUACCAAAGGAUGUUUCUUACUUUAGAAAAGAGAGGGAACUGGCAUUACGGAAAAGCUUGCAGGUGGCUGAAUCAAAGCCCCUUGUUAUUCAAGCAGAUGUCCUGCAGAGGGAGCUCGAAAGCUGUUUAAGGAAAGAGUACACAGUUGAAAACUUACCUUUGCUUCUGCACCAGUUUUAUACAGAGAGAAUUACCCAGUUGGUCCAGAGCAAAUACUUACACAUGCUUAGGUGGAAGAGAUUCUGCCAGCAUAGCAGCAUUAUGGAACAAAUUUAUCCUCUUUACCAGGAGCAGGUUGGGCACAUUAUGCAGGAAUACAAUGAUGCUGUUCAGAGAGCUGAGAGGUUGGCUGUUGCUCAAGAAAACUUAUUCAUGGGAAAAAACAAUCCUGGACACUUGGUAACACAGGAAGAUCUGAUGAUCUACACCAGGUGGCUAGUUUGUCAUUUAUAUUCUCUUAGAGACAUUCACAACUACCUGAGGGUGCUACAAUACUUGCCCAUAUCUGACAGAUUGGAAAUUGCUAUACAGGACGUGGAUCAAGAAAAUGGAGAUAUGUGUACUGGACAUAUAGACCCUGAGUCUUCAUCUACUAACAACCAGAAUUCUGGUUGUCAAGCUUCUUCAGUAACAAGCACUUCAGGGUUAUUCAGAAAAGAAGUUACUUCUAUUCUGCCCCACAAUAAAACAGAAGCAGUAGAACUGAAGCCUCAGCUAGAACUUCUUUUGUCUCAUUUCAACAUCUGCUACAACACAGAGGAUCUAAAGAAUUCUGCUGAUGAGAUGGAGCUCUUUUCCCUGGUUGUUCAGAAGUUUCAGAACAUCUUCCAUGAACAACAGAGAUUGAAAAUAUUUCCAGCCUAUGAUGUCAAGGUGGCUAAAGUUGAUAUCCAGGAUUUAUUAAAACCUAGCAUGACUUUCAAAAAGACAGCCAACUGGAUUCCUUUCAUAAAGAUUAAGCCAAAAUGUGAUCCUUGGCAGCAGAAACUUUUGACCAAACUAAGAGAACGAGACAGAAUCGAUGCAUUGAUGCAAUUGCAUACAAAGUUUUUGAAAGUUUCCAACCCGCUGCGAGUGAUGGAGGCUCUGCAGGCUCAUGCGGCAGCAGUCCUGGAGCCAGCUUCAGCCCUUCUUUCCUGUGUAAAGCCCCAGGGUUCGGACCAGGACACUUGUGAUGGAAUCUGGGAGGAAAUUUACGGCAGCAUCAGCCUUCACCAGGAAGAAGAUACUGAGGAGGGGGAUCUUUCUAUGGAAGGCAAAGAUACUGAUGGACCCCAAAUCAGUCCCAGCCAGUAUGCUGGGGGAUCUUCAAAGAAGAACAAACAAACAGGGUACAGUUACCUUGGGGCCCUUCAACUCCUGGGAUUUGAUGAAGAUGAUGAGAGUGAUGAUAAAAAUCCCAUCAUGAUGAAAGGAGCUUAUCUAUCCUUUCUUUAUCUUCGGCAUCUAAGAAUCAGAGAGCUUCAGCGUGUCUGCUUAGGAAUUUUGAAUUAUUUCAGAUCUGUUGAGCGAACCCUAACAAUCCAUACCUCAGGCCUUACAUCAAAUGCAGGGAAUUUUGUUUCCAGUGUUGAAGAUGCCUCUUGGGUAAAUACUGCAAGAACAGGAGGUUCUGGUACUGUUCCAGGCCUGGGAUCUCACCACUAUGUGCAUUAUACACCAGCAGACUACAAGGUCCAGAGCACCCAGUUCAUGGAAUUCUCAGAAGUGGAGAAUCAGGAUGACUUCUACACUCUGGGAGAUGGAUACAUCCAUGUUCAGGACCAGCAGGGAGCUUAUGUGAUGUAUGACUGUGCCUUAUGUGAUCUGGAGGAACUGGAGAGCCAGCUACUGCUCAUAGUGAGCCAUUACAUCGAGAAAGAAAAAAGUCACAAAAGGGGUAAUGAAUCCAGGAGCAGCAGUCUCCCAGAAUGGGCCCAUGCAAGUGUGGAUCGAUUUGCAAUGCUGUUUGACAUAUGGACUUGGGAGGCUACUUUUCUAGAAAACAAACGCCAGCUUCUUGACAGUUACUUUGAAGCUUAUCAACAUGUCUUUGAUCAGGAAGAGAGAACUGCCUUGGCCCAGGUGAUAACAGACAUCAUGCACCACCGCCCCCGUUUUGAUUUUAGCCACCCUUAUUUGGAGAAAACCUACAGGGCUGAAUGCAUCAGCCUGAGGCUUCAUCUACAGCUGGUGAAGGACAUAGUCAACAGACAUAUAGAAUCACAACGGAAAUAUGUCCAAAGAAUAUGGCGAGAUGGUCAGAAAGGUAGCAUCAAUGAAUUUGGACUUCCUCCAAACAUAAUUUGUAAACACCUUAUCUCUAUUAACAGUAGCUGCCCAGCUUUAAAAAGCAUUUACUUGUUGGAAUUCCAUCCUUCCCUGGGCAUGGCCUCCCUCAUUCCUACAGCCCUACAGCAUCUCUUCCAGGAGUUUUGUCAUAUCUACAGGCCCCACACAGCUUAUGGCUUCACCAUUCUGGAGAAACAGGUGCUCCAGCUGGCUCUGGAUACAUGGCAGUCUGUAAGAAAGCCUGAGUUUCUCUACAGUGCCCAGCUUCAGAAAGAUUUAUUUUCAGAUGCAGUGAUGGGAGAUCCCUUUCUUGUGGUUGAGAUAGGCAUGCUGGUUCUAGAAUCUGCAGUGGGAGAAGGAAAGAAACGAAGCAAAGAUUCUCAAGCCUUUCUUCUGGAGACCUUCUCCAGACUUUUGGAACUCUUGACUCUCCGCUACCGACUGAUAGAAAUGAGUGUGGAAAGUGCACACUUAUCCUGGUUAUACAAAAUAUUUGCCCAAGAGAUGGGUUUUGAUGAAUUCCAUUUGUACUUGAGGCCAGUCUACUUUGAAUUUGCAUCUCAUAAGGAGAAGGCAGACCAACCACCUCCAAUUUUCAUUACAGCUCUACAGGAAGAUAAUAGUCGAGUAGAUAGAUAUGUUCCUUCUACUCUUCAAUUGGCUAUCUCUGAGGUGGAUGAUAAUCAUAUUGGAAAAUUUAGUUUUCAUAAAAAGGAAAGCAUUUUUCAGCUCUUAUUUUAUUCAGGAGUGGAAAACAUGCAAGUGACUCUUGCUUGCCAGACUGCUCAGAAAAAUGCCCUGAUGGUUGCUGUCCAGCAGGCUGCCUUUGGCCACAGCCCAUGGUCGAUCUGCCCCGUGGACAGACAGGAAGCUUCUCAGCUGAGGAGCCAUGAUGGGGAAGUUUCAACCCAUGGAAGUGCCAGGACUGGGAAUGACAGAGAAAGCACAUCAUUGGCCACAGUGCCCAGAGUCUCAGGCUCACUUCCCCAUUCUUCCCCAGGAGUCCAGCCUACUAAGAGGACUCCAGAGGCUUUUGUGUCUAUUCAACUGGAAAAGCUGGGAUUACGUGAUAUGAUGCUGAAUACCUUCGUCCAAAGGAAGGAAACCAUAGGCAAGCCAGUGGAGAAGACUGAUGAAAUUGGGAAAGUCAAGCGGGAAGUGAUUAUAGAGUACUGUCAGAAGCUGAAUCAUCGCAUGUCCCAGUACUCUCUUCGGGGACAGAUCACUGCCUAUUGCAACAGCCUGAGAGCCCUGUUGGAGGACUUCCCUACCAUCAGAAAUACCUUCUUCAUGAUUGGGCAGCCUCAAGAAAGAAAAAGAAAGAAGGAUUCCAAGGAAAGUGUCCAGGCUAACCCCCGGAAUUUUCAGCCCAGGCCACAAUGCUUGUUGUCUUCUGAUGGAAAAACUUUCCUCAAUUUAUGGUACAUACCCCAUCACCUGGAGGUACUGAUCAUGUUCAAAACUCUGCCAGAAAAGGAUGCCUUUAGGGCCCUUAAGCUCACUCUGAAGAUUAUAGCUCCCCUGCAUGACAUUGUUGCCUAUCUCUUCAGCUUUGCUAAACUUGGAAAUGGCAAGGAAUAUUUUGAUUUACCUCUAAGUCCCAUACCUCUAAAAGCUGACUGGGGAGGAAUUGAAGGCAUUGGGGCUGAACUUAAAGAUGUGCAGAGAAUGAUUGACAGCCUUCAGAACCCCCAGGAUCCUAACCAAGUGGCCCAGUCACUCAUGAUCCGAAGAGAAGUUAUGUUUCUACAGUUUGAUGCAGCCAUGAGACACCUUAUCCGAGAAACAUUUUUGCUUGCUGGAAACAUUUCUGCCUACCAGACUGUCACAGAUUCUGUCUUUCAUGGGUUACAACCAAUGAGCAACAAUCUUGUAAAGUCUGUAUUUGCUUCACAAUUCUGUCUUCCUCAGCCCCUUGAUCCACAGAGCCACCAGGCAUGCGUGCUGUUUCCUUGGAGGUCAUUCCUAGCAGAUGGAGGACCAUUUCCAGUUAUCCUUAGCAGCCCAGACUCCCUAGAAUAUAACAUGCAGUUAUGCUUGUGUGGGCUGAAUGAUCAAGACCGAAAAGUGGCCCAUGGGGAGCUGGUGUCUGUGCAGUUAAUGAUGGAAGAUGUGCUCCUGAGCAGCUACGACAAGAUGGUGGGAGAUCCCCGCGGAUGUUACACCUCAGCAGACAAAAACAAGCAGGCCAGAGUGAACAAAAUGGCUGAAUUAAAAGGAAGUCAACCAUGGGGCAGCCCAAAGACGCUGGAGAAGCAGCGGGAUCCACUGACAGCCUAUGCUUUCCUGAGAUCUUUUCUUAUUAUCUGGAAACAGCUUGAAGUGCUGAAGGAGCAAUGGGGCCGACUCAAACUGAGGGUCACAGAUAUCAACACAGUUACUCUGUAUCAGCAAUUUCAGGAGCUCUAUGGAUCUGAUAUUCUUUACCCUACCAUGAAAACCAUAGCCAGGCAAAUGGGAAAAGAAGAUGAAUUUGAAGGACUUGUAAUAAGUUGUCGGUCUAUACUUCCUCCCAAAGGAGCUUCGGAAGUUGAAAUCAAAACCCGCCAGCUUCAAAAACUUCUGGAAGAUCUUGAAAGUCAUAUGAUCCAUGAGGUGCUAAGAAAAGUUAGCAAGGAAAUAGCCUUAGUUAUGUCAGAAAAAGCUAAAGAAGACUCUGUCCUCCCUACAGAACUCUGGAAACACCAUGUUAUUAAAGAAAAUGUGUCCAUUUUAAGGCCACAGAUAGUUGAAAUUUUUAUACAGCGAUUAAUGGAAAGUUACCAAGAUGGUGAGCUUGAGAUCACUUUUAAGAAAGAGCACUUAGAGAUGUGUCUCCUUUCUCUGGGCUGUGAUGUGAUGGCUAGAGAACGUAGCAACUUUGAGACCUACUCCAUGUUUUAUGAAAAUUUGUUGCAGCAGGCCAAUCAGAUGCUCUACCAGAAGGAACAAGAACUAAAUGCAGUGAGAACAGCUCAAAGUCCAUCUGAAAAUGUUCAUCAGGUAACAGGGCACAUACAGAAUAUGAUCUUGGAAAUCACUGCUCUCAGAGCCAAACUCACCGAUCUAGAAGACGAGAAUAUCAACCUUAAGGAAAAGAUAAGAAAAGAAGUCCAAGAAGAAUAUGAAGCAUUAGUUCAAGCCUUAUUUGCAACCUGUUUACACAUCAAAGAGAAAUUGGAUGAGCAUCAACUUAAAAUGUCUCGGAAAGUGUGUGAUCUCAUCAGUGAAGUGAGAAAAGAAGGGGUUGACAGUAUGAUUGAUUUGAAGAAAAAAAUUGGCUUAGGCAAAGUUGCUAAUGGAGUGAAAGAAAACUUGGCCAAACAGGAGCAGCUUCAGACCCUCCAGGAGGAGAACAGGCGCCUCGAGGAGCUGGUGUGCAAGAUGAAGACUGUAAGUCACUGGAAACUAACUGUCCAGCAACAGCAGCUCCAGAGACAGCUAAGAAAUGCAGAGAAGGAAGCUAUACAAAGUAAAAAAAAAUAUUUGCGAGUCAAGAUAAUGGCUGAACACGAGAGUAUUUUAUUGCAACAACAAUUACUGGCUUUAAGGAAGGCUCUUGCCAAAUCUCAAACAGGGAGUUUGAAGAUGGAGAAACAGCUUGAAAAGCAGAAACAGUUGUUUAAAGAACUGGAAUACAAAAUGACCCAGGAAACUCUAAAUAGGCAGCAGUUGGAUAUAAUGAAAACAUCCAGCAUGGAGAAACUCUUGGAAGACAUAGAGAAGAAAGAACGAAGGCUCUGUCUUCUUACAGAGGAAGCAGAAAGGUCUUCUAAAAUGGGCCAAUUCCAGCAAAAGAAAAUUAAGAAAGAAAUCCAACAGAUAAGAAGCCAGCUUGCCCAAGAACGAGUUUUAAAGUUGGAUGCAUUCCAGCGGGUGGAUGAACUGCAGAGCCAGCUUUAUGACAGAGAAAGUGUAUCAACUCAAAUAAACUCACUGGGAGGUCUUACAGCAGGGGCUAGCUAUACUCGAAGUUCUGUCUCCACUCCAUGCAGAUUUUCCCAGCAAUGCCUUUUAAAGUUUGAACCUAAAAGCAGUGAAAUAACAAAAAGGAUUCAAAGACCAAACACUGUACCCACUAAAUGCCGAAGAAAAGAUUGCUUACCCAAUGUCCAUGUUCAGUUGGCAACCUUUAGAAUUCCUACUGUUCAGCAAUCAACACCCUUGCUCAAGCCUACACACUGGUAGCUCUUUUCAAGUUCGCAAAGGAACCAUCUACUCCCCUGCUUCAAAAUUAUUGAAUAAAAAUGGCUAUAAAACAUUAA